AUGGCAAGAAAAACAAGUUUGAGCACAAAUAUGAGCAAGUUGAGCAUGUUACGAAAGGAUAUUGCGAAGGAGGAGAAAAUGGAGGUGGAAAGCGACAGUAACGGUAGCGAUACGUCUGAUGAGGAGACAGAUUCUGAAGUGGACACGAAGGAUGCAGUUGAGAAGGCCGAGGAGAAAAAGCGUGCCGCACUUUGGACAAAUCGGGAACGUGUCUUGGUGUUGUGUUCAAGGGGAGCAGACGUGCGCACAAGGCAUCUAAUGAAUGAUAUUAAGGUCCUAAUGCCACAUGCCAAGGGUGACUCAAAAUUGGACAAGCAGAAGUCAUUAGUAGUGAUAAAUGAAAUCGCUGAGAUGAAGAACUGUACGAAGAUUCUGUAUUUCGAAAGUAGAAAACAUAAGGAUGUUUACUUAUGGAUGAGCAAUGUCGACAAUGGCCCAUCUAUAAAAUUCCUCGUACAUAAUGUGCACACUAUGUUGGAAAUGAGAAUGUCUGGUAACUGCUUGAAGGCAUCAAGACCUAUUCUAUCGUUUGACAGUCGAUUUGACGAGGAACCUCAUUUGAUGCUCAUUAAAAAUGUGCUCAUGCAGACGUUCAGCACGCCCAACCAUCAUCCACGCAGUCAGCCGUUCUUUGACCACGUGUUCUCUUUUUCUGUAACUCCGGAUCUCAAAAUAUGGUUUAGAAAUUUUCAAAUAGUCGAUGAGACAUUGCAACUGCAAGAGAUUGGUCCAAGGUUUGUGUUGGAAACGAUACGAAUUUUUGCUGGAUCCUUCGAAGGUGCUGUUCUCUACGAUAAUCCCGACUAUGAAAGCCCAAACGCUAAGAGAAGAGCGAUAAAGCUGGCAAGUAAAGGGAAAUACAUUGAGAAGGAGCUGAAGAAAAAGGUAGCUAUUGUAAGAGAACAACAAAUCAAAGAGGUGCUUGCCGAAAAGAUAGAGGAUCCAGCUGGAGAGAUAUUCGAAGUGAAGGAUGAACCAUUAACUGAGGAUGCUCGAAAGAUCGCUAAGAUUAUUGAAAAGAAAAAGAAGAAGAAGAAAAUUGUCAAGAAACCUAAAUACACUGGAGCUGAAUGA